AUGGCACCCCAUCACCUGGAUCUGGAGAGUCUCAUCUUACAGAAUUGCCGUGCCUUUGUCGGAAGCUCAGAUGCUGAGUUUGACGUGUUAACCCGGAUCGACCCAAGCGAACAAUGGUAUGCUUUUGUUCUCAAGACAGAAGGUGGGAAACGCACCAAGAUUCUAGAGAACAAGGCACCGAGACCAGAGCGAGCUGUUGAACUGCUUCACGAGGCUUCGGCACGUAUGGUAGAUCAAUAUGUAACCUGCCAUGGCUACGAUCUGCCACCCGGCACCGCAUCAAAGACCAAAACCGGUAUGCGUGGCGGACUGGUGAAACCAGAUGUCAUUGCAUGUGGUUCUUCCGAUAGCGAGGCAUUUGUGUCUGAUUCUGACGAUUCUGUGCUUCCUCCUCGUCGGGCUCACCGCCGGGGGCGUCGCAGUGGCCGAGAGGCUGGCGAAGCAAAUGGUUCACGCCUUGAUAGAACAGAGACGCAGUGUGCUAGCGAUAGCGAUGAGACCUCUCAGCGCCGUUCCACUCCCUGGGGGAUGAGUAUUCCCCAACGCCCAAUCGUGCACCCACAGAACCAUACUCAGGCAUGGGGCCAUCCGAUGCCACCUCUUGGACCAGUGCCCAUGCCCGCCCCGAUUCCAAGCAGUCGACCAGUUCAAGGGAUAGUUCCUCCACCCCUGGGCAGAUAUGCAUCUACUCUUCCUCACCCGGUGGCCGGCAAAACUUAUCCCGCGCGUCUCAACAUUAACUGGCCAGGCAACGGGAAACGAAACAUGCUUGUGAAUAUUUCGCCAACUCUCCAAUGUCUGCAGCAGGUUGCCGUCAACGAGGCGGUCAUGCGCCCUCUGACUUUCUUUAACCCAUCAUGCCAUCCUCCGUCUGGUGGUCGUGGCAACAACAUCAUCCCCCCUUUCAGAGCUGUAGUUCGGCGCGUUACAUUGGGCGAGGAUGACACCUACGAGAUGACGGCUUUUGGAAACGAUCUUUCUGCCUUAUUCCGCAGCGUUUCGAGCAUCCCCAAGUUCGAGAUUGAGCUUAUCACGGCGAACCCCUCAACUUUCCCUCCGAUGCCGCCUCCACGCCCUGCGUCCGCUGCUUCCUCACGUAGCAGCAUUGCCGACUGA